UCAGUCGGCUCACUAUAUCGUCAAUUGGAGCAGAGGUGAUGUUAGAGUAGGGCUGUGAUAAACGGCGUGAGGAUUUCGGAAUACGCUUGCUGUUGCACUGUUCUGCUGAUGAGCGAAGAGUGAUUUAUUGUUUGUGAUUCUCACCUGUGCUUUCGGCGCUCUUUGAUGUUACAGCCGAACCAAUGCUGUAACGGAUCGGAAGAUAAGAACAUUUCAAAAUGGCGUCGCUAAUUUCAGCACUGGUGAUUCUGAUUUCAACGACGGUCAUCAGUUGUCAGAAUAUCACAUUUAGGAUCACAGAAGGAGAAGAAGCCCCCGUCCUGGUUGGCAAUGUGGCUAGCGCGUCUAAUCUUCAACAACAGGUUGGGGAGACCGAGUUUCGAGCCCUGCGGUACGGCAUUGUCUCUCAGGACAGCAAGGUGGAUACCUUCUUCAGUGUUGAUGAAACAUCGGGAGAAAUAUUCACAUCCGACGUGUUGGACCGUGAGAGUUUUUGUGAACAUGUGUCAGUGUGUUUGUUAUCCCUGGAUAUAGCCGCGCAGUCAUCUAGAAGCGCCUUUUUCAGAAAAAUCACAGUCAGCAUCAACCUGAAAGAUAUUAACGAUAACCCACCACGUUUCGGGAAUUCAGAAUUUCGAUACAACCUGUCUGAAAGCGCAUCAGUGGGAACAAAGAUUUCGCUCCCGCUUGCAACAGAUAAAGACUCGAAUGAACAGAACAUUGUGCAGUAUUAUCAACUUUCACCCAGUUCUCUGACAUUCGCUCUUGAUCCUGUUACAACAGAUGGUAAAAUUUCUAGCUUGUCAUUAUCUCUGACAGGUGAAAUUGACAGAGAAUCUCAAGAUGAAUAUGCAUUCAUUCUAAAAGCUACUGACGGUGGGAGUCCUACAAGGACAGGUACUCUCUCCGUAAUUAUUAAUAUAAUCGACGAAAAUGACAAUGAACCUGUUUUCCAGCGUGGUAUCUAUGAAUCCACUCUUCCAGAGAGUGCAGCUAUUGACUCUACCGUGGUGCAAGUGUCAGCUGUCGACAUCGACAUGGAGGACAACGCUAAAAUAUCCUAUUUUUUCUCAACACCAACACAAGAACGAGUUUUGAAACAUUUUUCGAUCGACGAACCAACGGGGCUUAUUAAAGUCAAAUCUACAUUGAACUCUGAAGGUGGUUCAGUCUUUGAUUUCCAAGUUAAAGCAGUUGAUCACGGAAACCCUCGGCUGUUUGCGGAGGCUCAAGUUAUCGUCGCUGUUACCGACAACGUUAAUGACCCCCCUGUGAUUGACGUAAAGUUGUUGUUUGCUGAGGAUGGUGCUGCUGCUGUUCCAGAGUCGUCUACCAUUGGUAGAACUGCAGUGUUGAUUUCUGUGAAGGAUUCCGAUUCGGGGAGAAAUGGAUUGGUUGCCUGUCAAAUCAGUGGUCAAUAUUUCCAGCUCCAGAAACUUGAACAAACGGAAUACAGAGUGAUUGUUGCGAGGUCGUUAGAUAGGGAAGGAGUGCACGUGCAUAACGUGACGGUCACGUGUCAGGACCAGGGCACGCCCCCUUUGUCUUCCUACCAGGAGUUCCUGAUCCGUGUGACGGACGAUAAUGACAACCCCCCGGUGUUUUCACAAGAAAAAUACUUCAAGAGUAUUGACGAAAACAACGCUUUUCCGGUGUCACUGGGAGACGUUAAAGCGAGCGAUAAAGACUUUGGUACAAAUGGUGAAAUCGAGUACAAACUUGAUGCUGUUGCUUCUCAGGCUUUCAAUGUUGACGAAUCCACUGGUGAAAUUUCGGCCAUCAAGACAUUUGAUAGGGAGGCGGUACCGAAAUAUACAUUUAAGGUGUUUGCAAUGGACAAGGGCGAGGUGCCGUUGACAGGAACGACCACCGUAGUUGUCAACAUCGGCGACAGGAACGACCAGAGUCCUACCUUCUCUAACGCAUCGUACGUGUUCUCCGCGAAGGAGAACUCUCCAGUAGGAACUUUCAUUGGUAAAGUUAAAGCGAUAGACUCAGAUGUUGGUAAAGGAGGUGAAGUGCAAUACACACUACGCGGUUCUCCUGUGAACGGUGUCAUACCUUUCACCGUUAACGCCAAGGGUGAAAUCAGCACCGCGGCUGAAAUUGACUACGAAUCGAUGGAAACGUACAAUUUCGACAUCCUAGCUUCAGAUCUUGGCACCCCGCCACAGAUAACAUCAGUGCCAAUCAAAAUCCGUAUCCUUGACGACAAUGACAACCAUCCCGAAAUCAAUUUCCCCGUGCCAACUAACGACUCAAUUUCAAUCCCCGUCAAUAUGGAACCUGGAACAGAAAUUGCCAUCGUCCAAGCCUAUGACUUGGACUCAGGCCUCAAUGGGUGGCUCACCUACUCAAUCGUCACAGCUAAUCAAACCGGCUUGUUUCAAAUCAGCACGAGCAGCGGGGUCAUCAAACUCGGCCGUGCAAUCACGGACGGUGAUGUUAAGAAGUACAACAUCAACAUCAGUGUUCAUGACGACGGCACCCCCCAGAGAGCCACCUACGCCGUCCUUAACGUCGAAAUCGUUCACGCAGACGCUUCUACAGCGACGGCUGGUGACACGAACAUGAAAAUCGUCAUUGUCCUCGUGUGUAUAACAUCUAUAUUAGCUAUUGUUGUCCUUGGAACUCUAUUGACUAUUAGAUACGUGGACAAUAGGCGCAAAUACAAAGAAUACUCCGAUAGCGAGAAGAUCCAAUAUUCCUCCGCAAAAUCAUCUUCCAAGAACAGUAAAAAGGAAUUUAAUGAAUUAAGACCAGGUAUUAUUCUGGUUACAGAGGGCAAUAAACUGACGAAGAAGACUGUGACAUUUAAAAAUGAUACUAAAGACAUUAAAAGUGACGUUUUCGCUACAGAGGAGUCGCAAUACAACCAAAUGAGGCAUUUGAGUGAAAGUCAAAAUAGCGGCAAUAGAACGUCACCAGCUAAAGCUAAUAAAAAGCCGCGAGUGCCAUCUUCAUCCAACUCUACAGAUGGGGAGGUCAGUGUGGUGGAUAUUCUCCAUCAACACAAGGCAUUAGUACAGUCUCUCCGCUUAAAGAAGACCCCCAGUAAUGCAAAAGAUGGCGAAAAGGACCCGGAUGUUUGGAGUGACACAUCAGGGGAGACAAUCGGAACAGAUAGCGGCCAUGGCGGAAGUGACCUAGAUAUGAACAAUAGUCUCAAGAUGUCCGUUUGAUUCAAAGGCUUCCAGACACCUGUUCAGCUUUAACCAAGCGUCAGCAUUAUCACGUGUCACGUGCCAGUGACUACGUGUUCAUUUCAUAUCAUGAUCGACACUGUCAGUGUCAAUACUCCACGCAUGAAAUCGACACAAGUAAAAAAACAAUUGAUCAACAAGUUCAUCGAAUUCGUGAAAUAUCUCCUGAAUGUGUUUCUAAAGUGGGAAAAAAGGUCCAGAUCGAGAGACAUUUAUACGGUCACCGUUGACAAAUUAUAAGCAUUCAUCUUUUUGCUUUGAUUUUAUUGAUAUAUUUUAUACAUAAUAUAUACACAAAGGUGUCAAUACAUAAUAUAUGCAACGAUGUGAAAAUAUGGGUAAAAUGUACAUAAUGAUUUAGCAUAAAUUCACCAUGUGCCCAAAGUGCAUAAUCUGUUCCACUGACCGAAAACUUACACUGUCGUAAAUUACAUGAAAAGCAUGCUCAUUUCAUGUGUCCAUCAUUAUUGAUACCAUUGUCCCACUUGUUCAUUCUUGUUCAUUGCCGUUAUUCAGAUGUACAUUUCUUCAUUGUUUGUAAAUAGCACUUGUUAAUUUUGUACGUUUACACUGUUAUUGUUAAUAAAUUGACCACUGAAUAUA